UAUUUGUGUCCUAGAGAACCCACUAUCCUUGCGCUCAGUGGAAGGACACGGCGAGGCCGAAGAUUGUACGAGGUGUUCGGUGCAGAGGAGAUUUAGGCCUGGACACUUGACAUUUCUCAAUAUAAACAUGUUGUCGAGACUGGUGUUCGCUUCAGCCCCUGUGCUUAAGAACAGUGGUUCCUUUGGAGCCUGUGUGGUCCAGGCAUCUCGUUCCCUCCAUACAUCCCAUCAGAACAAGGCUCCAGUACCUCCACUGCCAGAGAAAGGGGGCCAGACCCGCCAUGGAAUCAUCCCAGAAGAGCUUUUCACACUGCUGUACCCCAAGACUGGGGUGACAGGUCCCUACAUGCUGGGCACUGGCCUUCUGCUUUACAUGCUCUCCAAGGAAAUCUACAUCAUCAACCAUGAGACGUUUGCUGCUGCCUGCAUGGGUAUAGUCAUCGUUUAUGGAAUCAAAAAGUUUGGCCCUGAUGUUGCAGCCUUCGCUGACAAACUGAAUGAGGAGAAAGUGGCUAAGGCACAAGAGGUGAAGAACAUUGCUGUGGCCAGCCUGACCCAAGCCAUCGAGGACGAGAAGAAGGAGCAGUGGAGAGUGGAGGGGCGACAGAUGCUCUUCGACGCCAAAAGGAACAAUGUCGCAAUGCUGCUCGAGACCAACUACAGAGAGCGUGUCCACAUGGUCACCCAUGAGGUGAAGAAGCGCAUGGACUACCAGAUCGAGCUGCAGAAACUGCACCGCCGCAUGGAGCAGGAGCACAUGGUGAACUGGGUGGAGAAGAAUGUCGUCUCGAGCAUCACCCCACAGCAGGAGAAGGAAAGCAUUGCCAAGUGCAUUUCAGAUCUCAAAAUGCUGGCUAAAGUGACUCAGUCCAGGGCUACUGUCUAAGUGUCUUCGUGGAAGGCUCCCUCCCCCACAAACCCCAAAAAUUGUCAUUAUUAAUAAACUAUUUCCUCUUAAUAAAGGUCUGACUUGUCAUCAAAUCCAUGUACAUAAAUGGUAGAUAUUAAAUAAUAAAACAAUUGGUUGUUCA